AUGCCUCUCACGGGACACUGCCUCUGCAACGCCGUCACCUACAGCGUCGACGUCGACGCCCCCAUCCUCACCGGCUACGACCACUGCGACGACUGCCAACGCCAAACCGGCUCCACCUACUCUCUCGUCGCCGUCGUGCCCAAAGACAAGCUCACCGUCCGCGGCCCCAUCAAGAAAUGGACUGGCACAGGCUCGUCCGGCAACCCCGUCCACCGCCUCUUCUGCUCCGAGUGCGGCUCGCCCAUCGCCCACGAUCCCGACGCUGCUCCCGACAUCAUCGCCAUCAAGGCCGGCACGCUGGACGCCGACAUCAAGAAGCAUCUGAAGCCUGACACCGAGAUCUGGACCGUUGGGAAAUUGCCCUUUUGCCAGGAGAACUUGGCCAAGCCGUUCAAGCACAUGCCUGAGUAA